AUCCCAGAUGCCUGAAUCGGAAAAUCUACGAAACGCCAGGAUUUCCAUCUGUUCCUCCUGGCGCUGCCUGAUUCCUGACAGCUUUCCAACCUGAGAAAAGCCCUUCGGGUCACGGGGUGGUGAGGUCUUGCAGGCCUUGCUGCACCCACGUUUCUCCUCUUUACUGAGUGACUUUUGCAACCUGUCCGGGCCUGUCUUUGCACAGAGAGCUCGUGUUUCAGCUCUGAAAUCUGCGUUUGGGGUUUCUUCCAGAGGCGGAGAAGCAUUUAUGUGAGGCUGAGCAUCAGCGUGAGUUGCUGGUGCAUUGUGUGGCAUAAAGUUUACCCUCCCCGACAUUUGGGGAAAGGAGCUUCCAAAAGCCUGGCGGAGUAGGAAAGCGGGCAGUUACAGGCCUGAUUGAACCAGGUGGUUACUUCUUAAAAACUUGGCUCAGAGAUGCCUUAGUGUUUAGAGGCCUUCUUUUGACUUAAGGUAUGAUGUGAAUAUGCGUUGCUUGGCGGCUCGUGUCAACUACAAGACGCUGAUUGUCAUCUGUGUCCUCUUCACCCUGGUGACAGUUCUGCUGUGGAGCAGAUGCUCCAGCGACCGAGCGGUGCCAUUUCUGCAUAGCCCAGGCGGCAGCUUCCGAGCAGACGGGUCAGAAAAGCGGACGGCCGCCUCAGAGAGCAACGACGACGCGAACGGCGCGGCGAAGCAGCAGAGCGAGGAGGCCUCGCCGCAGGAGCAGCAAAAGGCUCCCCCCGUGGUCGGGGGCUUCCACGGGAGCAAGGUCCUGGGGCUGAAGUAUGAGGAAAUCGACUGCCUGAUCAAUGAUGAGCAGACAAUCAAAGGCAGGAGGGAGGGGACAGAGGUCUUCCUGCCCUUCUCGUGGGUGGAGAAGUACUUUGAGGUCUACGGGAAGAUUGCCCAGUAUGACGGAUACGACCGGUUUGAGUUCUCCCACAGUUACUCCAAGGUGUACGCCCAGAGAGCGCCGUACCACCCGGACGGUGUCUUCAUGUCCUUCGAGGGAUACAACGUGGAGGUCCGGGACAGGGUGAAGUGCAUCAGCGGCGUGGAAGGUGUGCCGCUGUCCACGCAGUGGGGGCCGCAGGGCUAUUUCUACCCCAUCCAGAUCGCCCAGUACGGGCUCAGCCAUUACAGCAAGAACCUGACCGAGAAAGCUCCACACAGAGAGGUGUACGAAACCGCCGAGGAGAUGGGACCGGCUGGCCAGCCGGCGGAGUGGACCGUGCCCAAGGGCGGCUCUGUCACCACGCUGCCCGACAAGGCCCGGUUCACCAACGUCAAGCAGUUUUCUGUCCCAGAAAAUUCCGAGGGCGCCUCGCUGCCGCUGGGGAACACAAAGGACUUCAUCAUCUCUUUCGACCUCAAGUUCGUAACGAACGGGAGCGUUUCCGUGGUCCUGGAGACCACGGAGAAGAACCAGCUCUUCACGCUGCACUACGUCACGAACACCCAGCUGAUCGCCGCCAAGGAGAAGGAGAUCUCCUACGGCAUCGGGCCCCGGACGGCCUGGAGCACCGUCACGCGGGACCUCACGACGGACCUGCGGAAGGGGGUGGGCCUCUCCAGCACAAAGGCCGUCCGGCAGACCAAGAUCAUGCCCAAGCGGGUGGUGCGGCUGGUGGUGCGGGGCAGGGGCUUCAUCGACAACGUCACCAUCGCCACCACGGCCCACAUGGCGGCCUUCUUCGCCGCCAGCGACUGGCUGGUGCGCAACCAGGAUGAGCGCGGCGGCUGGCCCAUCCUGGUGACGCGGAAGCUGGGCGAGGGCUUCCGGGCGCUGGAGCCGGGCUGGUACUCCGCCAUGGCUCAGGGGCAGGCCAUCUCCACCUUGGUCAGGGCCUACCUGCUGACAAAGGACCAGGCGUUCCUCAGCUCGGCUCUGCAGGCCACCGCGCCCUACAAGCUCUCUUCGGAGCAGCGCGGUGUGAAGGCCACCUUCAUGGGCAAGUAUGACUGGUAUGAGGAGUACCCCACCUCCCCCAGCUCCUUCGUUCUGAACGGGUUCAUGUACUCCCUCAUCGGGCUGUAUGACCUGAAGGAGACCGCCGGCGAAAAGCUGGGGAAGGAGGCCAGGCUCCUGUACGAGCGGGGCAUGGCGUCCCUGAAGGCCAUGCUGCCCCUCUACGACACCGGCUCGGGGACCAUCUAUGACCUGCGGCACUUCAUGCUGGGCACUGCCCCCAACCUGGCGCGCUGGGACUACCACACGACCCACAUCAACCAGCUCCAGCUGCUGAGCACGAUAGACGAAAGCCCCGUGUUCAGGGAGUUCGCCAAGCGGUGGAGGAGCUACCUCAAAGGGGGCCGAGCGAAGCACAACUGAGGGGCCCGCGGGCCCAGCCCACGCCUCUCCUCCCGGCGGCCCCGGGGCUCGCCCCCUUGCAGGCGGAGCGACGGGGGCUGCGUGAGGGGGGCCCCAGCCGUGCUUGGAGAGCAAGGCUCUCGUCUGCAGAGAAGCGAGCCUGCAAGCCCUUCUGAAAGAAUUGCAUUCCAGUGGGUGGACACGAGGCUGCAGAAGGGAAGCCGAGGACAGAGCCAAGCUUUGCUGGCUGGUGAUCCCCAGAGACACGUGCACAUCGUAAAAUGUGUCUGUGCUUCUGAGUUUUUCCAUUUCUACGGGGGAAGACUCGGAGGUCAUGAAGGAUUUUGUACCCAGGGUUUGGCAGAAAAGUUAGAAUGCAGCCUCUCUUCAAAAGGUGGGAGGUCGGAUUGGAGGCAGAUUUAAAAAUUGUGUGCUUUGUCAUGCCAAAAACCUUUGUUUAUUGUGUCUCAGAGAACGGAUGGUGUCUUUCUGUCUUUAUUUUUUGCCUUGGUGCAAAUGUUCAAAGCUAAUUUGGUAUAAGGUUCUGUGUACUGAGAGGAACUUUAAAUGUCGGGUUUCUUUAGAGAUGUACAAAUGGGAUGUUUUGUUCAUGCUGUUGGGAAUGAGGAUUCACCAGGAAUUUCUGGGAAAGCUCCAUGGACAGCAAGGAAGAGCAGCAGAAAACACGCGUGUGCCUUCGAGCAACCCCCCCACCCCCACCCAUUCCUCACCCCGAGGCUUGGCUGGGAGACUCCUGGUGGGGCAUCCCCAGCGGCAAGUUCGGAUGUUUUGUUCUGUAAGCACAACUACACACAGAACCUGCCGACUGCACAAAAAUGUGCCCAUCUUGUCUACGGCCAGUUCUGUGCGGCAUUUUCGUGUUUGAGUAACGUCUUUCCUUCCUUCCAUUGCUCUGAGAUCGCUGCUUGUGUGAGUGGCUCGCUUUUGUUCCCUUUUUCAUUUAAGGAGUUUCCUUCUUGGGUGAGCCGUUUCAAUCCUCGGGAGACUUGGAUCGGUCCCCUCAGUCAGCGUCAAGGGUUGAAUCUUGGUGGAAGUCAUUUGAGGGAGGGACCUCCGUUGGAGUUACACACCACAGUUGGAGCCUUCUCUGCUGCUCUCCUGGGAGGGUUGUGUCUUUGCUUUGUUUUGGCCUUUUCAGAACGGGAAAGUGGAUCAGGCUUUUACGUUUGACUGGCUGUGAAGCGUUUCUCAAAAGCCUCGCCUCGUCUCAAUCCACAGCACCUGCUUCUUCAUAACUUUGCCAGUGCUUGGAACAGCGAUAGUUACCUGGCAUUUUUGCCCACAUAAAUCCUGAGCAGGGGCACGCUCCAUGGGCCGGUGGGAGAUGCUCGAGCGCAGGGCUGUGCGUCUCCCAUCCACGGGUGGCCCUCCCUUGCCCCGUGAGCGCACAUGCGAGGCGCUGUGGCGGGAACUCCACCGACAGACACACCUGGGGCUCAGGAAGGGAGCGAGCUGGGCCAGGGCCCGAUGGCGACCCCAUCCCCGUCCUUGGGCAUUCCUUAUCCCGAAUCAUGCAGUGCCAGGCGUUAGCCGCUGGCGAAUUCCCGCUGCAGAUUGGGAAGACACAAAUCAGAGGAAGAGGCCCUUCCUUCUCUGUGGCUUUCUUACCUGCCGCGGGGGAUGUUCCGGCCACGUGGGUGCCCUUGCGGUGGGGACGGUGUCUCGGACAGGUCAUUCCUGCGGCCAGGACGCUUUGUUAGCUUCAGGUGCACUCAGCACUCCAUUAAAGCCGGGGGCAGCUUGGUUUGCUGCUUUGCUUUUCCACCUCUCAUUGCACCAGUACAGGAUCACUAAAGAUCUGUUCCUGCACAUUCUCCGAGAAGGAUCUGGCAUCCAAAAAGCUUCCAGUGCUGUAGAAUCCUAGCAGCUGCUGAGGCGCUGGAAGUGAGGCAAGCUUUUGGGGCUGCUCCCAAGAUGUCCCCCCAUUUUCAUCUCUGCUUCUGGCAAAUGCACAUUUUUUCCACAUUGCAUUUCUGCGCAGGGCUGCCAAAGACUCCAGUCGUACAAGGUCAGGCUCAGGAUCGGGACCUGUUGUCUUCCCAAACACUGCAGCCAGCGGGGAUCCUGCACCUGGCUGGUGAACGUGUGGGUUCAAGAAGGAAAUGGGGAAGGCCUCCCCCAUGGCUGCUUCAGAUGAGAGCCUGGCGGAUCUGAGUGGGCGGGGCUUCGGGGUGCGAGAGGAGAGUCAAAGCGUCGCAGGGCCGAGCCUUUGGCACUGGCAGUCCUGACCCACGGAGGGCCCGCGGGCUGGCCGAGCGCAAUGCGACUCAGCCGUCGCAGCUCAGGAAAGGAGCCAGCUGUGACCGCAGGACCCCCGAGGCCUCCUGUGCCUUGUGGCUGAUUGGAUUUGGGGGCGCCGUGCCACCUUGGUUCCCUCGGUCCCUUGUUAGUGCCUUCGCCCCGGGGCCCGAACGUCCCUUUGCAGUGGGACGUUAGCGUCGCAGUGGCCGCGAUCAUUCUGCGGGGGUGGCCCGGGGUGUCCGAGCACGGAGGGCUGCCGGCGUCGCCAGCCCACAGUUGGCACAGGGAGCCAGUCUGCAUCUGGGAAACGGGCGGUGCGGUUCGUGAAACUCGCACGGGCCCCUCGCCUCUGGGGUGGCUGCGCUGGGACAGAUCCUGGCAUCCGCCGCUCACGGUGGCCAGGAGUGCCAGCGUAGCUCCUGCAGCUCCGGGAACAGCCACGCAAGUGGCCGGCGGGCGGGCGGGCGGCAGUCCCUCGGCCGAAGGUGGCCGUGGCAAGAAGCCCCCUUCCCCAGCCGCGUGGCCAGCACGACGGGGCGUUUGCGGCGUGCCCCCCCGUCUUCCCCGCGCUGUGCCCGCAUCUCCGCCCACAGAGGCGCUGCCAGCCGUGGCACCGUUCGGGUGGAGGCGCACGCCGGGGGCCCGGGCUCCCCGCGAGCCGUGCGCACAAGGCCGAGCACUGCAGUCCUCCCGGCUGGUGCGGGGGCCUGCGCCUGGGGCAUUCCAAGGAGACGCGAUCCAGCGCGGCAGGCUCGUUCAGAAAGUGGGCGAUCCCGGGGGGUCCGGCCGCGGAGCUGCGCAGCCACACAGGUGCUGCCGGUGCAGAUGGCUCGGCCCUUGCGCCUGCGGCCUGCCGCAGAAGCGCUUUCUCCCAGAAAUGGGGCGUGUUGGAGACCCGGGCCAGGCACCUGCAAGCACACCCGCUGGCCUGCCGGCGUGGCCUUCACUGCCCCGGGCGGCACUGAGAGCCGCGGGCCCCUCCCCGCCUGUGAUGGCCUUGCUGUCCUCGAGAAACGAACCGAACCGAACCGAAGCGCGCUCUGCCGCAUCAGGUGGGGGUCGUGCCAUGUGUUAAAUAUGCAAUAAAUUGUUUACAGGAGGCCUCCGGAGGGCGCUGCGUCCUUUGGAAAGCUGCACAGACGUUGUGGUUUAAGCACAAUGUGCACACCUGGGUUUCUAUUGGCAAGACGUGAUUUUUUGCAGUGGAAAUGGCCCUUUUACGUUUCUGUAUACACUAUUUUAUAUAUAUGUGUGUGCGUGUGUCUGAACACACACGGACGGACACACACAAUCAAUCUUGUGUUUCAUGGUAAAGCUGCUUUAUUAAAUUCUAAAAUAAACAUUUUUAAUCCUA